UGCCGGGAGAGGCCGGACGCGGCGCUGUUGCCGCGGCGGCGGCGGCGGCGCUCGGCCCAAGAUGGCGGUGCAGGAGUCGGCGGCGCAGCUCUCCAUGACGCUGAAGGUGCAGGAGUACCCCACGCUCAAGGUGGUUUGUUUUUGAAGGUACCUUAUGAAACAUUGAACAAACGGUUCCGGGCUGCCCAGAAAAAUAUCGAUCGAGAAACGAGCCACGUGACCAUGGUGGUGGCAGAGCUGGAGAAGACCCUGAGCAGCUGCCCAGCUGUGGAUUCAGUGGUCAGUCUCCUGGACGGCGUGGUUGAAAAGCUCAGUGUCCUGAAACGGAAGGCUGUAGAGUCGAUCCAGGCCGAAGAUGAGAGUGCGAAGCUGUGCAAACGCAGAAUCGAGCAUCUUAAAGAGCACAGCAGUGACCAGCCAGCGGCGGCGAACAUGUGGAAGAAGAAGCGCAUGGAUCGCAUGAUGGUGGAGCACCUCCUGCGCUGCGGCUACUACAACACCGCGGUGAAAUUAGCCAGGCAGAGCGGCAUUGAGGACUUGGUCAACAUUGAGAUGUUCCUGACUGCCAAAGAAGUAGAAGAAUCCUUGGAAAGACAAGAAACGAUGACUUGUUUAGCUUGGUGCCAUGACAACAAAUCUAGGCUCAGGAAAAUGAAGAGUUGUCUGGAAUUCAGUCUAAGGAUUCAGGAGUUCAUAGAACUUAUUCGACAGAACAAGAGACUGGAUGCUGUCAGACACGCACGGAAGCAUUUCAGCCAGGCCGAGGGGAGCCAGCUGGACGAAGUGCGGCAGGUGAUGGGGAUGCUAGCUUUUCCUUCCGAUACUCACAUUUCUCCUUACAAGGAUCUUCUAGACCCUGCUCGGUGGAGGAUGCUAAUCCAGCAGUUUAGAUACGAUAACUACAGAUUGCAUCAACUGGGGAAUAACUCUGUCUUUACCAUAACACUCCAGGCUGGGCUUUCUGCUAUAAAAACACCGCAGUGUUAUAAAGAGGAUGGCAGUUCCAAAAACCCCGACUGCCCGGUGUGUAGCAAAUCCCUCAAUAAGCUGGCCCAGCCUUUGCCCAUGGCACAUUGUGCCAACUCCCGGCUAGUCUGCAAAAUUUCAGGAGAUGUGAUGAAUGAGAAUAAUCCCCCCAUGAUGCUUCCCAACGGAUAUGUCUACGGAUACAAUUCCUUGCUUUCUGUUCGUCAGGAUGACCGAGUAAUUUGCCCGAGAACCAAAGAAGUCUUCAACUUCUCUCAAGCCGAGAAGGUCUACAUUAUGUAAACCCCCUCCUCACGCGCAAUGAAGUGCCACUGGAUUUUGACACAGUUUGUUCUAGCCGUGCCCUGUGGGAACAAUCUCAAGUCCGGCAAAGAGAGCUGCGACUCGGGAGGGCCGGGAGAGGGUUAGGGUUGGGGUGGGAAUUCGGAUUUCUUGGUGGCAUUUUUUUGUUUUCCCGUUGCGACCAAAGAUCAGUGAGCAGAAACAUAACUACUCUUGAGAAAGUGAGGAAGUGUGACUAAAGUUAAAAAAAAAAGAGAGAAAAAAAAGUUGCAUUCGGAGGGAACAAACUUUGAAUGCUUCGAUUUUGUAAACCACGAUUGGAUUUUUUUUCUCAAACAUUCAUCCAGAAGAAACAAAUCAGAUCAUUUUGCAUAACAACAACAACAACAAAAACAACAACACACCCCACUUUUUAACUGUAGAUCUCACUUCAGCUUUGGGUACACCCCCCCCCGUUUCAACCCAUGUAUGAAAUGUUGUACGAUUCGACGGGAUUAAAUAUGCAAAUUGCUAAGAGACGGCACCGGAGGGCUGGUUUUCAGCUCUCCCGAUGCGUGUCAGUCCUGUGUUCUUGAGGACACGCAAGGGAGCGUGUGCCUGCACACGCCUUUCCCCUUCUGAUGUGGUCACCGUGAGCCACACCACCUGGAAACACACUCCCUGCGUCCAGGUGUGCAAACACUUCAUCUGUGUUAGCAAACACUUUUUUUGGGUAUCGUCCGUCACGUUGCCUUUAAAAAACGGCCAGUCCUUGGAAUCGAUGCUUGAUGGAUGCUAACACAAGACAGAGAGGGGUUUAUUGCCGUCUCUAAAAUCCCUACAAUUCAGUGUUUUAUCAACUUUGGGAACUUGAAGUCCACCUAUCUUCAAGUUCCCACGGUUGAGAAGCUCUGUCCUGGAUACUUUUAAGAAACUUUUAAACAAUUGCUUAAACACACAACUGGUAACAUUGCAGGCACAAUGUGUGCUGCUUGUUGGUCUGUCCUCCUUCCAUUUGAUCAUAGUGUUAAGGACCUUUCGUUUAUUAGUUACUACGUGCAUAGGAUUCAACUAUCAAAAAACCAUUUAGUGCUAACUGCCUUAUUUUUUUGCUUUGAGAAUGUAUUCACAUGAGAGAGGGGAAAAAAAAUCAGCUGGUAACCUUCAGUGUUGGGGAGGUUUUGAAGAAGAUGCCUUGCAGGAGAAUUCUGUAAUUUUUAAGGUAUUCACAGCCGAAGAGGUUAGUCCAAUUUUUAACCGCUACCAAUCACAUCCUCAUCGUCCACCAGACAUCCUCAUUGUAGUAGCGACAAAACCCAUAUGAUAGACUUUGUAUUUAGCCUUUAUUUUUGCAUGUUGAUGUUGAUUAGCUAAUAAAGACAUUGCUCAUA